AUGAGGGCUUCGGGUCAUCUUCUUACGCUUCGCGACCUAAGUGAAGUAGAACUAGAGGAUAUUGUCUUUGAAAAGGCAGGGCAGUCCCUGUGGCGAGCUCGGACCGGUCUAGAGACGGCCUCUCGAGUUCCUGGUAAUGUAACUGUAUCAGGUCGGAUUGGUUCUCCCCGUGUCAUUUCGUUAAAGGAUGCUCUACAACUAGAGAAUCAUGCCUUGGCUACUGAGUAUUUACUUCAUAGAGAUCCGAAGCCUGUACGACCAGCAAGUGCACGUCUUGCUAAGCUUUUUCAACUACCGGCAAAUGCGAUUACCCAACGAAUGAUUGACGAAAGAAAAGAUGAAGCAAACAAACUCGAGCAAGACGUAGAACUAUUGAAAAGGAGAAUAAACCGAUUGAAACUCAAGCAGGAGCUAGAGGAGCGAUCUGCUAAGAAUAUGGUAACUAGAUUGGAAGAAGCCCAAAGAACUCACAACUUGCGAGUCAGGAGCCAAGAAAACCAAAGAUUGCAACGAGAGCAGCGUGAGAAGAGUGUUGUCAAGCAACACAAGCAAAACAUGGAAAUGGCCCUAAGCAUCAAAGAAAACAUAAGAACACGUAAGACUGAACUUGAACAGUCCAAACGAGCAUCGGUGGCCGUACUACGUCAGGAGCUGGCAGCAGCAUACGCUACUCUUUCAGAAGAGUACGAUAAAGAAUUAGAGGAGAAGCACCAAAGGAUAGUCCAAGCGCGAAUACAGAUGCUGGACUCCGAAGCUAGGUUCAAGGCCCGCGUUGUGGCCCAGACAGUCAGCAAGCAAGAAGCAAGAAAAGCCCUUCUCGAUGCAGAACAGAAGAGAAUUAGGGUCUCACUCAAAGAGCUGGUGGCUUUGCAGGACAGAGAGAAAGCCAUUUCAGACCUAAUAGCAAUCCAGCGAGCCAACAAGACUGAUGCUAAGCAAAGAUUUACACAGCGAUUGCAGAGCGAAUCACCUCUACAUCCUCGUUCGAAAUCUGCUCCACAUUCGACCUCAGCGGUGGAAGCACCAAGACCAAAAAAUUGA